UAUCGCUCAGAGAAAUAACUCUUAAACAUAUUUCUGAUAUAAUUACUAAUUUCAGAAAUAAGUUUUUGAGUCGAUUAUACCUGACGGUGAGACAAGUAACUUUCCCAUAAAUAUACAAUCCAUAGGAAAACUAUUACCGACAGAAAUAUUGUUUGUUCAGAGAAAGUUGCUUUAUCCAUCUGGAAAUGUUGCAACCAAUUACCUUCGAUUUUUAUAUAUAUAUAAGCUGUAUUUAUAAACUUCAUAAAAAGGAAUAGCUAGCUGCUCAUCUAAAUAUUUAAACUCUGAAAAUCUACCAUUUCUAUUACUAUUUCUUAAUGAUGGAAAAUUUCAUAAUCAAGAAACAGAUUAUUUGAUUAAAUGAAGUGUUCAAUAUUAACUUUGGAUUGUUGGAGAAUACUCUGGAACUAAGCUCCAAUUUCAAAUUUUUUUCAAGCAAAAUUGAGAACUAGUUGUUAGAGAGAGAGAGAGAGAGAAAGAGAAUAAUGAACGAAACAAGGAAGGAAGGAAAUAGAUAGAAUGAGUGAAAAAGAUGUUUAUUAAAAUUUCUCUAAAGAAAACAUAUUCUAUUAAAAUAUCGAAGGAAACAAAAAGCAAAAAAUCACUAAAAUGUUAUUUUGAAUUUGUUUCUAACUUUGAAACUGUUCAAAAAGUCCUAUCUUGCUUUUUGUCACGUGGUUUAAUACAAAUUGGUUUUGAUUUUACUAGCGACAUGCAUUCUGAUGAAAAGGAUAGUAACGACUUUGAUUAUUCGAAUAUAUCGACCAAUAUAGUAUAUCCAAGCGUUGCCGAACGUUACUUUACGCCGAGAUAUAAAAUAAGCGCCAAUAACGAGAAUGGGUCUGAUCAGUGCAUUCUUAUUCAUUCAAACAAACUUAGUGUGAUAACAUUGGCAAUAUCUCAUUCAUUAUAUCAUGGAAAAAAAGUAAUAAAGAAAAUUGACUUUCAAGUGGACAAAGAAACAAAUCGAUUAAGUAACAAGGUAGCCGGAAAGAAAAAGCAUGGCGCACAAAACCUUAAUGAAAAUUCUAUCCUCUGUAAGAUAAUUUGCGAAGAUGAUGAAGUUUUUACAGUAUACAGCUGUAUCAAGGGGAUGCUUGUUGAAGUUAAUGAGAAUUUGAUUGAAAAGCCGCAACUCUUAAUAGAGAAGGUAAAAGUUUAUAUGUACGAUAGAUAAAUUCUUAUGUAUUUUUAAAUUUCUAUUUAUCAUUUUCAUUAUUAAUUUAAAAUCAAUUAUGCUACUAAAUUUGGAUAGUAAGAUAAUAUCUAAUAAGGAAAUACUGUAUAUGUUACAUGUGUUAAGUUUUGAAUACUGA